GGAGCGGCCCGAGCGCGGCUCCGCUCGGCUCCCGUGCGGCUGCAGCGGGGCCGGGGCCGGCAGCGAUGGUGGCCGCGCCGGGGCCGGGGCUGCUGGCAUUGGCCUUGGCUUUGUGGCCGGCAGGGCUCUGGGCACAGCCGAGGCUGCAGGAGGCCGGCGGAGGGCUGCGAGCGCCCGGGGACUCCGUCACCCUCUCCUGCCACGGCUCCGGAUUCACCUUUAGGAAUUAUGGAAUUUAUUGGUACCGUCAGUCAAACGAUGACCGGCUGCAGUGGGUGUCCGUUAUUAGUUUUGAUCCGACAGUUCUUUAUUUUGACCAGUCAGUGGAGGGGCGGGCCAAGAUGUCCCGGGACAAUUCCCGGUCCGAGGCUUAUCUCUCCCUGCUGACCCUGCAGCCCCGCGACUCUGCCCGCUACUUCUGCGCUAUUCAGAGGACAGAUAAGCUUAUAUUUGGACCAGGGACGACUCUCACAGUUCUACCAAGUAACUGGGAAGGAAAUGCUGGAUCAAAAUCUUCUGACCCUCAAGUGAUUGUGAUGAAAUCAAAGAAACUGGAAGAAGGCAACAGCGCUGGGAAAGCAGCUUGUUUGGCAAGGAACUCCCCAACAAAGAACAUCAGCUUGGAGAUGCCCUCUCAGGAGGUCAUCUAUGAACAGAGCACAUCCAUUUUGACAUCCAAGGGGUUGUACAAUGCAAUUAAAGUGGCCAGGGUGACAACAGACAUGGAGGUGACCUGCACGGCCAAAUUCGACAACCGCGUGAUAACAGCACAGCCAGAAGAGGAGGCUGAAGAACCAGUAACAGGGUUUGGAGAACCAAACAGAACCAGAACAGUGUCAGGGGCCAGUGACAGGGUUUGCAACAGCACAGCCCCCUCAGCACAAGACCCUGAAGAGCAGAGAGUGAACAUGCUGUCCAUGGCUGUGCUGGGUUUGAGAGUCCUGCUGGCAAAGAGCAUCGCCUUCAACGCCCUCAUGAGUAUCAAGCUGUUUCUUUUCUGAGACAUGGGGAAUGAAAGCAAGAGGAACCCGAAAAAGAGCAGGAAAGAAUGUGAACCAGCAGCACAAGGGGGUGGAUCAAGCAGGGGCAGAGCUGCAGACAGACACCACUCAGGACACAAGGCAGCACCUUCCCCUGAAGACACUGAAUACUGUUCACUCCUGCCUGGCCAGCUGAUUUGCACUGAAGAGUUUCAAGUGCUUUUGAUGUUUCCUCUCCUCUGACAACUGAGGAGAGUGGAUUUAUCCUCAUCCUCCUGCUAAGUAGAUCUCCCCACUCUUCUGGCAUUU